GUGUCUUCAGAUUCAGCUUGGGUGGAGCGAGGUCACGUGGUUUUUCCCUGCAAAGUACUCGUCGCACAAGAGGAACAAACACAAGGACGGUCUCCCAGGUGCCCUGCAAUAACCUACAUCAGCAUCGGCGUGUCCAGAUCAGGAUUGGAUCAACAUCAAGGCUCCGACGCGCCAUGAGGUCAGCCGGUCUCUCCCUGCUCCUGGUCACCGCCUGCUGGGCGCUGCCCUUCCGUCAGUCCGGCUUCAUGGACUUCAUGAUGGAGGACGAGCCCGGCUCGGGCCAUGAAGCGUUCCCGGGUCUCACGGUCCCCGACGCGGUGGACCCCGUCGUGGCGGCCCCCCCGGCCGGCCCCAUGUGUCCGUUCCGCUGCCAGUGCCACCUCCGGGUGACGCAGUGCUCCGACCUCGGUCUGACAGAGAUCCCCAAGGAGAUCCCAGCUGAGACCACGAUGCUGGACCUGCAGAACAACAAGAUCACAGAGAUCAAGGAGAACGACUUCAAGAACCUCAAGGGACUGCACGCCCUGAUCUUGUUGAACAACAAGCUGACCGUGAUCCACCCCAAGGCCUUCAGCUCCCUGAUGAAGCUCCAGCGGCUCUACCUCUCCAGGAACAUGCUCAAGGACGUGCCAGCCAACAUGCCCAAGAGUCUGCAGGAGCUCCGCAUCCACGAAAACGCCAUCACCAAGAUUAAGAAGUCCUCUUUCCAGGGCAUGGCCAAUCUCAUCGUCAUGGAGUUGGGGUCUAAUCCUUUGAAAACCGGCUCCAUUGAGAAUGGUGCCUUUGCUGACCUGAAAAGGGUCUCUUACAUUCGCAUUGCAGACACCGACAUCACAGAGAUCCCCAAAGGACUUCCCAGCUCUCUGUCAGAACUCCACCUGGACAGCAACAAGAUCAGCAAGGUGAUGGCCGACAGCCUUAAGGGCUUGAAGAGUCUGGCAAAGCUGGGUCUGGGCUACAACGAGAUCAGCAUGGUGGAGAAUGGCACCCUGGCCAACGUCCCCCACAUGAGGGAGCUGCACCUGGACAACAACGCCCUGACCGCGGUGCCCCCUGGCCUGCCCGAGCACAAGUACAUCCAGGUGGUGUAUCUCCAUGCCAACAAGAUCGCCGCCAUCGGCACGGAAGACUUCUGUCCACCCACCUUCAACUACAAGAAGGCCAUGUACUCCGGCAUCAGCCUGUUCAGCAACCCCGUCCCCUACUGGGAGGUGCAGCCCAUCACCUUCCGCUGCGUGUUCGACCGCUCCGCCAUCCAGCUCGGGAACUACAGGAAGAAGUAGAUAGAAACUAACGACACGGAAACGGCCCCUUCCACUCACACCCAUCACCCCUCCCUUCCUCCCUCCCUCCCUCCCUUCCUCCCUCCCUCCCUCUCUCCCUCCCUUCCACUUUCUCCCUCCCGCCCCCUUCCCACGUCCAUCUAUCCUUCCCCUCUUGGUGGAAACGCGUGCUUGAGAAUCAUUGCGUUUUUGCUUUUUUAUCAGGAAUGCUUUUUCUAAGAGUGCCUGUUUUGCCACAGAUCCCCCCCCCUCUCUCCCCCCUCCCUUCCCCCUUCCCCCCCUCCGACACUGAUUCUCCCCCCUCUCCCCCCCCCCCCGACACUGAUCCUCCCCCCUCUCCCCCCCAAGACAAUCAUUCCAGUGACUUGGAUGUGUGACAACCCCAGUGGUCGCUGACCUCCGACCCAAGCACAAAGAGUUCACUCCGUAGGGAAGGCUCUUGUUGCUGUUGCUGUUGUUGCUGUUGUUGUUGUUGUUGUAGUGUGCGAUGUAUCAGCAACAUUCAAUAUGUAUCACGUGUUUCACCAACGGUGUCCACUGGCGACGCUAUGCUAGCCCGCGUUCCUGAAGCCACAGCGACGAUGUAGUGCAUUUCCAAACCAUUUUUACCGAGAAAUACAACUGAUGAAGUCGUUUUGCGCUUCAUAAUACAUAUCUACGUUAUUGCACAAUUCACGUCAAUGAAAAAAAGUUAAAUACGGGAACGAUAUGACACAGCAGUGUCACCACUUUGAAAAAUAAAUAAAUUUGAACUUUGGAAAUGUUGGAUUAAAUGAAGCCUAAGUCAUCAUGUGAAUUAAUUGUGAGAAGGCUGGCCUGUAGAGCAGGCGGCAGAAGAGAUUAACUUGGGUUUUCACCGGUAUGCUAAGAACAUGCUAUGUAUUACUAUAGUCGUAGGAAUAGCCAUAUGGAGUGUACCAUUACCAAUCUGCACACCUAAGAGAUAUUUCUAUCUUGUUUGUAACCCGAUUCAAGUAGAGAUAAAAGUGAUCUUCUAUUCCGUUGUGAUUUCUCGUGCUUGCUUCAGUGUUGUGUGUUUACGUUUAUUUUUGACAAUAACCACCAUUUUCUUCAUCACAUUCCACAAGAAAACAAGGGAAAAGCGUUUCUAAAGAUGUAUAAUGAACUGUAUGUGUUUUUGAAACAGAAGCCUUCGCCAAAGAUCUAUAUGCAUGCUUUGUUUUAUUUUUUACUUUCGUUUUUUCCCUCCCCUUCGACAUGAAGCAGGCGGUUUCUGUUCAUUUCCUUUCUUUGAAUGCGUGUACCUUUAUUCCUCGUUAUUCUUUAUUUCUUAUUAAGAGCCUGCCAAACUAAUUGAAUAUUAUAUGUGGUCUCUCAUGGCCACCAGAGUUACGUUAGUGAUGUAUAGACGCUGUAUAUAAACGCUGUAUGAUAAACAGAAAAACAACCUCUCUUUUUGCUUAAAGGCACAAGCACUUAACCAUAGCACCGACUUUAAACGAUCGCCAGCAUAAGGUCUCCUUUCAUUCUUCUUUUAUCUCGGAGCGGAGGCUCCAGCUAAGGUGUCCUUCACAAAAUAAAAGUAUGAAUGAAA